GAUGUGAGGUCACACUAAAGAAGCGUAUGGAUUGGAGGCCUACAUUCUGACGUGUCAGUCCGGAAGCACAUGACAACUGCUGGUUGAUGUGGCAUUGUUAGUCUGUCCGAGUUAUCAAUCGCUGCAGGUGGGAAGAUGUCAGUUCCAAGCAAACAGGACAUAUUAACUAUCUUCAAACGUCUCCGUUCAGUUCCCACCAAUAAGGUAUGCUUUGAUUGUGGAGCUAAAAACCCUAGCUGGGCAAGUAUAACGUAUGGGGUCUUUCUGUGCAUUGACUGCUCUGGGACACACAGAUCCCUUGGGGUGCAUUUGACUUUUAUUAGAUCCACAGAGUUAGAUUCCAACUGGUCUUGGUUUCAGUUGCGGUGCAUGCAAGUUGGAGGCAAUGCAAAUGCUGCUGCUUUUUUCCAUCAAUACGGAUGUACAACUAACGAUGCAAAUGCCAAGUACAAUAGUCGAGCAGCACAGCUUUAUAGAGAGAAAAUCAAGUCUCUGGCCUCACAAGCAACGAGGAAACAAGGGACAGAUCUGUGGUUGGACAGCCAUGGUCCCUCCUCUCCCACUUCUCCUCAACAUAAAGAGGAAGAUUUCUUUGCAGUACAUACACAGGGGGCUUCAAAGGAGUGGUCUUCAAAUCUGACUGAUCUCAAUUUUGAAUCUACUUCAAUAGAAGAACAGCCCGCACAAGGGAUGCUCAAAGCUGAGGCUGACUCUACAUCUACAGGAGUCACAAAUAGCAGAGAACCAGCAUUUCUACUAAAGAAAAAGUCUGUGCCUGCAAAGAAAUCGCUUGGUGCAAAAAAGGGUGGCUUAGGAGCUCAAAAAGUAAGCUGCCAGACCUUCAGCGAAAUCGAGAAACAAGCCCAGACUGUGGAUAAAAUAAGGGAACAAGAACAGAACACAACGAAGAAAAUGGAAAAAGAAGAAACUGUUGUGACAUCUCUGAGGCUUGCCUACCAGGACCUGGAAAUCCAAAGAAAGAAGGACGAUGAAAAGAUGAAGAAUUUUCAGGGUAAAAAAAAGGAACAGGCGGAAAGACUAGGCAUGGGCUUCAGCAGCAGGAGUGGCGUUUCCCAUUCCGUGCUUUCAGACAUGCACACCAUAAAACAGGAAUCGCCCUCUGGGUCCAAAUCUGCACGGAAAAAGUAUAUCGAUGAGGAACCCGAAAAUGAGGAUUCAGGGUUUGGUUCUAGAUCAAGCUACUUUGAUGAGCCUGUUGACUCAGCAAGCAAGUUUUUUUCCAAGUGGGAGGAUAGCAGUGACUCGUUGUGGAAGAAAGAAUCAAGCAAAUUUGAACCCGAGCCCAUUCUUACCUCUAAAAUGUCUUCACAUGAUGAAAGGCCCACAACACGUCGGAAACAUGAAUAUGAACAUCACACAACUACAGACGACGCUCAGAAGAAGUUUGGUGAUGCUAAAGCAAUUUCUUCAGACAUGUACUUUGGAAAACAAGAAAGUGCAGAGUAUGAAGCCAAAAGCAGGCUGGAAAAGUUUUCUGGAAAUUCAUCCAUAAGCUCAGCAGACCUCUUUGAUGAGCAGAAGAAACAAACAGGAACAUACGGCAUCAGCAACGUAUUGCCAACUGCUCCUGAUCUGUCUCAGUUCAAGCAAGGGGUUAAGUCAGUGGCUGGAAGGCUCUCUGUUAUGGCCAAUGGAGUCAUGACUUCUAUUCAGGAUCACUAUGGCUCUUGAGGUGUGAUUCCAAUAUGAUUUUGGAUAAGCCGGAACAUUCAUCUUCAGGUAUAGCAUAGACUGCAGAUCUUGAGCUAAGAAAGAAAAAAGAUAUUUGGAAUAUAACAAUGUUACAUUUGUAUCUUGUAUUUUCAAUAUGUUUAUAUUUUGAAAAGGGUAACAAUUGUAAAGGUAAAUAUAUUUUCUGCAAAAAUUAUUUGUGAUGAACAGUAAAUGGGUUUCUUCAGUACAAGUAGCAGCUUUGUUUGAUGUGGGUGAAUGGUGUUAAGUAAUCUCCUAUAUUUUUUAAACAUUUAAAAUGUCCUGUAUUCAGAGUAUAUUGAAAUGCUGUUAAUGGCUUGAAAUACAGCAUAUAUUGAAAUGGUUGUUCAGAAAGAACCAUUUGGGUAUACCCUAUAUACAACAAUGUGCAUGGAUAUGCUGAGAAAUACAGAUGCCUCAUCUGCGUUAUGACUGUACAAAAAAGUCUGUAAAUCUCUGCAUAUCCCAAAACCCUGGAUUGUAGUUGUGUACUUUAUAUACAGAUAUAGUGUGUCUAAAAAUAUGACCCUUCUCACAGCUGCCCAUUAUCCAAUCACUAGAGUUUUCCCAAACACUUUGAAAAUUGCUCUAUUCCUCUGUAAAAGGUUUAUUUUACAAAAGACACAAGUUCAGACCAGUGGGUUGUUUAACAUAAGCAUGCUGUGUAUAUUGCAAAAUUAAAAACUAACUUAGGUUAGAAGACCAAAAAUAUUAAGAACAUUUUAAUCUGGUUUGUAUGUGAUUAUUUAAAAUACAUUGCGUAAUUUCUUAAUCUGCUUAAAUACUAAUCACUUAAAUUAGUUGCUGCGUUUAAAAUCAUGGAGAAGGAUAUAGAACACUUAGAAGGAACUGUUCAUCAAUGUAAAACAAUUAGGGCUUCUGUUUUUCAGGUUUUAUUUGUAUUUUCAGUGCUUAUUUUUAGCUGUUUGAGGUAUGUAAAUCUGUUUUUUUUCGGGGCUUUUGUUUUUUAUAUACUGUGUGAAAUUUAAUGUUUUUGAUUACUUUCCAAAAUGCUUGAGCAUUUUGUUUUCUGUCAAAAUAUGUAUAGUAGUAACUCGACAGUACUUGCACAAUUAAGUUGUACCUUCUUUCCUUUGCUGUCUUCCACAACGAAAUCCCUAUGGUCACAGGCACUUUUUUUUUUUUGUGUGUGUAGGCAUUUUUGUACAUUUUGCCACAAUUCUGUUUUAAUUCCUCUGUAUCUUAAUUGUAAUACAGCUUUAAAUCCCGCUAACAAGCCUCCAUCCUGAUUGUAAUCUAGUUUUAAAUCUUGCAAGCGGAGUCUCCAAUAGAAAUGUAGGAAUGUGCUGUCACUCAGUAGUUGGGGCUGGUUUAAAGCAUUCAAAACUAAUCCAUAAUAGAUACAAGUCAGGAAGGCGGGACAUUGCCCAGUAGCACUGGGAAAUGUAUUUAUUAUUAUUUUUGUAGUUUUAUUUUUUUUAAUGGGAAAAGGGUAAUGCCGAUGAGAAUUGAUUAACCAUUUCCACAGUUUUUCCGGUGUUUUAUUGGCUAUCCACUGAUUUCAUUUUUUUUUUUUUGUAUUGGGGGUGUUUUAUCAGUUAAAACUGAAAAUAUGAAGCCCUAAAUAUAAUACACUGUAUUGCUGUCCUUUGGAAAAGGAAUAGAUUACAAUAACAUUUCAAGGGGUCAUGACCAAGGUAGACAUUGUGGAAUAGAAUGAAGGAACCAUUUUUUGCAGAAAUAGUAAAUAAUUUAGGAUGUUCAAGGAAAUCAAGAACAUGCAUCUUCAUUGUUACACUACAAAAUGUCCUUAUGACAGGCUUUUUUUAAUAUUUUAAGGCUUAGUCUUUGUAUUCAUGCCCAAGUGUUGAACAGGGCAUCAGGCGUUUGCUUAAUCUGUGGGGGGGAGGAACGAUAUAUAUAAAUUAGUAACAAUCAAAGUGCUAUGUAUUUUAUAUGGCUCUUUGAGCUAAAUAUAUAUAUAUAUAUAUAUAUAUAUAUAUAUAUAUAUAUAUAUAUAUAUAUAUAUAUAUAUAUAUAUAUAUAUAUAAAAUAAAUACUGAUUGAAUCGCGUGUUUUCAGUGUUGUGAAAAUAUUUCUUGGAAUAUGUUUUGCUGUGGCUUUGCAUUAGCCUGAGCUCUCUGCAAACAUUAUUUCUUGUGAUUUAGUUGCUAAAACCAGCGAAGUUGAAUAAAAAGCAACCACGGUCAACUAAUUGUUGUCUUAUGUUUUUAUAAUAUGUACUUUCUGUGGUUGAAAGGUUUUCUAAAGAAUGAAAAGCCUAAAUUGGAGGAGAUGAAUUGUGAAUGCCUGUAUUUUUUCUAAAACCUUGCUGUACAUUAACACCUUUUAUCUUGUACAUGAUACAAACUUCAUUUUACCAGGAUGAUAUCAACAGGCAAUUUUCCCCAAUACUUCAUUGGUUUCAGGUGUGAUACACAGCUGUGUGUUGUGUUUUUUUUUUAUUAUUAUUCUUUCAUUCUAAAUAACUACAUAGGUGGUUGGAGAGCAACUACUACGCUGAGAGCAUACCAAAACAAAAAGCUAAAACCAACCCAUUCUCAUUUUGAGAUGUGCAAGGUAAAACUAGUACACUUGCUGCUUUUUAUGUUUAAAAAUAUAAAACUAAAAUAAAGACAAGGAGGUGCUUUUGAAAACCAAAUAAAAAUGAGGGUUAGAGCUUGUGUGUUAAGAGUCUAUGUGAACACUAACUGGAAGAGAUGUAAUGGACAAUACAAAGGCUGGGACCCCUUCCACCUUUUAUGGCUGUUUUUAAUGAAGGCUUAUGAAGAAAAACAACCAUAAUGCAAUUCUUUUGACGUUUAGUAAAGUAUGUUUAAUGUCACUUAAUACACCAUUUUAGGAAGACUAUGGGGAUUUUAGGAAGACUAUGGGGAUACCUUUUUGACUCAAGAGACUUAAGAUGGUGGACUUUUGUUCACAGUGUGUCCCAUACCUAGUACAGUACAUGUGAUGUUUACGUAGGUUUUUCAGAAAACUCAAGCAAAGAGAUAAGUGCCUUUUAAUCUGAAAGAAAAAGCAACUAACCAGAGGUAUUUGAAUGGUUUAUUUGUAACUUGUAGUAAACCCACAUAAAUGUAUUUUUGUUUCAGUUGUACAUUGAAAAUAAAAAUAAUAAUUGAAGUCUAAA